AUGGUAAUUUUACAUGAUGAAGAGUAUUAUAAAAGUCGAAUACCGCAACCCGAUUUAGGACCUCUUCGAAACUUUCUGCGGUUUAUUUGGGAUAAUAAUCGAAAGGCAUUUCUUGAUAGAACAGCGAAAGAAUGGGGUCAACUAGGAAUAUUUUAUUUGUUCUUCUUUGCCGUUUUGGGAUCAAUAUUCGCAAUACAAAUGAAGAUCAGUAUAGAUUAUGUUUCUAAACUAGAUAGACCAUUUUUUCAAUACUCUGGUCAAAUUACACAAUCUAUUUCCGCAAGGAGCGUACGUCUUUCCCGUUCUGCUUUUGGUAGUCCAGGAAUAGUUUUUAAACCAAACAGCAUAUCAGCUGCAUCACCCAUUAUUGCCGUGAGCAAUUUGCUUAGCAGCACCAGGCCGGACAGAUAUAUUCGAGCCUUGUCUGAUUUUUUACAAGAAUAUCAUAAGAAUAUGUCGAACUAUGACUCAUAUUGUCAGAAUAAACAUGCGAAGAAAAAUCAUAAUAAGAAACCUUGCUUUUUUGAUAUAAAAUCUCUUGGAAUAUGUAGCAAGCCUCCAUACGGAUAUACAAAACCGUUCCAACCUUGUGUUCUUAUUAAAUUUAAUAAAAGGUUCGAUUGGAUACCUGAAUAUUAUAAUAAUUCUUCGAAUCUGCCAGAUCAUAUGCCAGAUAAAUUGAAGAAAAUAGUACGAGAAUCUACAAAGCCUUACAUUUGGUUAUCCUGCGAUGGAGCAAAUAACGUUGAUAAAGAACACAUCGGAGAAAUAGAAUACAUUCCAAAUCCUGCAUUUCCAGUCCAAUAUUUUCCUUUUACCGGACAGCCAGGUUAUCUGUCUCCUAUUGUCGCAUUAAAAUUUAGAAAUUUAACACGAAAUAGACUAGUGACAGUGGAAUGUUAUUUAUGGGCUUACAAUAUCGAACAAUAUCACCGUUAUUCAUUAGAUUUUCAAAUAAUGACAGGUAAAACAAGAGAGAAAAUUAUUGGCAAUUUACUAUUUCUAACAAUUCGUUUGUUUAAUGACAAGUUAAUUUUUUAUUAGGGAAUUAAAUUCGGUAUACAAUCAUGGAGGGCGAUAAGAACUUUUUGCUAUUUUUAUGAUAUAAAAAAUCGUACGAAAUAUUUUAAAUAGGUAUAAGAAUAUAAAAGAUAAAUGCGAAGAAAAAAUUUUGCACGUCGGCAAUUCAA